UGGUCAUCCCCUGUACUGUCCACAGUCUCUGGUCAUCCCCUGUACUGUCUGCAGUCUCUGGUCAUCACCUGUACUGUCUGCAGUCUCUGGUCAUCCCCUGUACUGUCUGCAGUCUCUGGUCAUCUCCUGUACUGUCUGCAGUCUCUGGUCAUCUCCUGUACUGUCUGCAGUCUCUGGUCAUCUCCUGUACUGUGUCCGCAGUCUCUGGUCAUCUCCUGUACUGUGUCCGCAGUCUCUGGUCAUCCCUGUACUGUCUGCAGUCUCUGUUCAUCUCCUGUACUGUGUCCACAGUCUCUGAUCAAUCUCCUGUACUAUGUCCGCAUUCUCUGGUCAUCUCCUGUACUAUGUCCGCAGUCUCUGGUCAUCUCCUGUAGUAUGUCCGCAGUCUCUGGUCAUCUCCUGUACUUAUGUCCGCAGUCUCUGGUCAUCCCCUGUACUGUGUCUGCAGUCUCUGGUCAUCUCUUGUACUGUGUCCGCAGU